UACAAGAUCUUUGUUCGUCCAAUUAUCGAGUACGGCCUUGCUAUUACUUUUCUUUCGGCUCAACAAACUGAUGUGAUAGAACAAAUUCAAAAGCAAUGCUUGCGAAUGUGUAUUUGUCGCAACCCAGUUGAAAAAGCCAUCGGCACUGUCACCCUUUCUUACCUUUCUGCCCUGCCCGACAUGCGUACUCGCUAUUGUAUUUUACAAACUAAAUUUUCUUUACGCGCACAAACACUUCCUCGAAGCACCCUCGUAGUCUGUGUUGUCCCGCACAUUUUGAUUUCGCAGAAUGAAGCCCGUUGGCCAGCCCUUCGGCGCAAUGUAAUCUGGAAAUCCGUCCAACAACUCAUGAGCCGGCCUAACUCGCCACAGAAGCCUCUCAAAGAAGCUAUCCGCGCUCAUAUGCAAGCUGAAAUUGAUAAACUUGUAAGGCAUCCUGCCAAAUACAUAACCAUCAAACGAGGCUUGCGCCAACCUGUAUGGGAUCCAACUCUCUUGUUGCCGUGCACCAAAAAAGAACGACACCGGCUGGUCAAGUGGCGUCUUGCUUGGCUGCCUCCAACACCGUCAGUACCUUGCCAAUGUGGCUCUCCUAAAGCAAAUCGUGAUCACCUUACUUCUUGUCCUCUUCUCUCUUCUGAAUUCCGCUCCUUCCGCUGGUCUCUCUCCUCUCUCACACCCGACCCCCCUACUAAUGCUGAUGCCAUUGAUGUCGCAUUAAACUUAUUGCCGCGCAAAGUCACCGCCAAGCUCGGUAAAUGGCACCGACUAUGGCCGGCACUUCUCUCUCUCCUCCGCCGCAUUGAUGAAAUAACAUCCGACACACCUUUUGACGAUGAACCUCCUGCAGGCUCACUUCUUCUUGAGGCUUCGCAGAGUCUCGAUCCCCCUCCUUCUUCCUCCUCCCCCUCCCCUACUUGA